AUGCCUAGACAUGGAAGAAGAGGAAAGCUGCCAAAGGGCGAAAAACUUCCCAAAAAAGAGGGAGCAGACGAUACUCCGUCGAAACUUUUAUCGUCAAUGCUAAAAACAUUAGAUCUGACUUUCGAGCGUGAUAUUGGAAUGCUCAAUGGGAAAAGCGUUAGAUCCAUACCCAAUAAAAAAACAUUACUGGAAUUGCAAAGCCAAUUGGAUAGCCUCAAUGAAAUACUGGGCACAAUUGCCCGAAGUGAUCAAGAGACCAUUGAUGCGCUUCGGAAAAUAAGAGACAGUAAAAAUGAGAAGGAAGCAAACGAUGAAAAGCAGGAAAUUCCAAAUGCAGACAGGCAGGACGAAAAUACUGCUGUCAAUAAAGAAAAAAAUAUAAAUGAGAAAGGGGUACAAAGCCCACCAAAGCCUCCUCCUUCUGAUAAGAUUCCCGACACAAUUGAGAACGAUGUAGAAAGCAUCAAACAAUCCGCUGAUAGUAUGGCCAAAGAAGAAAUUAAUGAAGACAAAGACUUACAAGUUCAUAGAGAUCAACCCAGGGAAAAGAGGCCGUUUGAUUCUGAAACUGAAAAUGCGGCCACAGAAAAUGAAAGAACACAGGGGCCAGAUGGUAAGAAGCAAAAAAUUGACGUUGACAAAAUGGAAAACGACCCCACUGUUAAAAAUCCAAAAUCAGAAUUUGUGGUAUCACAAACGUUACCUCGGGCAGCAGCAGCGCUCGGUCUAUUCAAUGAAGAAGGACUAGAAAGUACAGGAGAGGACUUUUUGAAAAAAAAAUAUAAUGUGGCUAGUUAUCCCACAAAUGAUCUGAAAGAUUUGUUACCAGGCGAAUUACCGGACAUGGACUUUUCGCAUCCUAAACCAACUAAUCAAAUUCAAUUUAACACCUUUUUAGCAUUUGUGGAAAACUUUUUCAAAGAUCUCUGCGAUGACAACUUAAAGUUUUUGAAGAUGAAAUAUAUUAUACCUGAUAACUUGCAAUUUGACAAAACGUAUGAUCCUGAAAUAAACCCAUUUAUUAUACCGAAACUGGGCCCUUUGUACACGGAUGUUUGGUUCAAAGAUGAAAACGACAAAAAUCCUGCCUUUAAAAAAACUUCGCCAUACUCAAACGAUACAUCUGCCAUACUACCAAAAAAAAGUGCCAACGAACUUGAUGAUAAUAUCUUGGAGACGGACAGUAUCUCUUGUGGGCCCUUACUAUCUAGAUUAUUGAGUGCUGUAUUAAAAGAUGAUAACGAUAAAUCGGAAUUCCAAUCUUCUAAAAUAAUAAGAGAUAGCGAAGUACCGAGGGCAGGAGGAGAAGACGAUAUACAAUCGCCUAGAAACAACAACAAUGACAGUAUAGAUAUGACAUUAUCUCAGAACGGACCCAGUGUUCAAACACCUGACAGUGACAUUGAUGAGGAAGCGUCCUUUCAAACAAAAUCUGUAGCAAAUAAAGGCAGUAAUGGUGGUACCACAAGUACAUUACCGCAACAGAUUGGGUGGAUAACAAAUGGAAUUAACCUGGACUAUCCGACAUUUGAGGAACGAUUGAAAAGAGAAUUAAAGUAUGUAGGUAUAUACAUGAAUUUGCCCAAAGAUGAGAACAACCCUAAUUCAGAUGACCCCGAUUGGAUCACCGGUAGAGAAGACGACGAAAUAAGCGCAGAAUUAAGAGAAUUGCAAGGGACUUUAAAACAAGUGACCAAGAAAAACCAAAAAAGAAAAGCGCUGCUGAUCCCACUAGUAGAGAGACAACUGGCAUGGCAAGAAUACUCAUCUAUUUUAGAAGACUUAGACAAACAGAUUGACCAAGCCUAUGUCAAGCGUAUUCGUGUACCCAAGAAAAGAAAAAAGCAUCAUACAGCAGCUUCAACUAAUGUGAACACGGGAACCACAUCUCAAAUAGCACAACAAAAGGCUGCAAAUUCGAGUUUAAAAUCGCUUCUAGAUAAGAGGCAAAGGUGGAUUAAUAAGAUUGGUCCGUUGUUUGAUAAACCUGAAAUUAUGAAAAGAAUCCCUAAUGAAAGUGUAUUCAAAGACAUGGACCAAGAAGAAGAUGAGGACGAAGCCGAUGUAUUUGCACAAAAUACCAAUAAGGAUGUGGAACUUAAUUAA